UCUUUCAAAUCACUAUACUACUACUACUAGCUACUAAAUUUUCUUCUUCUCUCUGAUCCAUUUUUGUUCAUGGCUUCUCUUUUGAAUCUUCCAUUACUACUAAUUCUUAUGAUCUCUUCAACCAGCAUUGCUCAAAACCCACCUUCUCCUGGUUACUACCCCAGCUCAAGAAUCAACUCUAUUGGGUUCGGUCAAGGUUUUAGGAACCUUUGGGGUCCUCAACAUCAAAGACUAGACCAAGAUACAUUAACCAUAUGGCUUGAUUCUAGUUCAGGAAGUGGAUAUAAGUCACUUCAGCGUUAUAGGUCAGGUUAUUUUGGGGCAUCAAUCAAGCUUCAACCUGGUUACACUGCAGGAGUCAUUACAUCUCUCUAUCUUUCAAAUAAUGAAGAUUAUCCAGGAAACCAUGAUGAAAUAGAUAUUGAAUUCUUGGGAACAACUGAAGAUAAGCCAUAUAUUUUGCAAACCAAUGUGUAUAUUAGAGGAAGUGGAGAUGGGAGAAUUAUUGGUAGGGAGAAGAAAUUUCAUCUAUGGUUUGAUCCUACUAAGGAUUUUCAUAAAUAUGCCAUCUUGUGGACCACUUCUGAGAUCAUAUUUUUCGUUGAUGAUAUACCGAUUAGGAGGUAUCCAAGGAAAAAUGGUGCUACAUUUCCUUUAAGGCCAAUGUGGGUAUAUGGUUCAAUUUGGGAUGCAUCAUCUUGGGCCACUGAGGAUGGAAAAUACAAAGCCGAUUAUAGGUACCAACCCUUUAUUGGUAGGUAUCAAAAUUUCAAAAUUGGUGGUUGCACCGCUAAUGGUUCCCCUACCUGCCGCCCGCCUUCCGCCUCACCUUCCGGUAGCCUCAACGGACAACAAUACGCUGCGAUGCAAUGGGUCCAAAGAAACUAUCUGACAUAUGAUUAUUGCAGCGACUCUAGAAGAGACCAUACUCAAACACCUGAGUGUUAAAAUAUAUUUUCUAAUAAAAAUUAUGAAUAAUUACUAUCAGCUCCCUAAUGUUAUGUUAAAAUCACUAUUUUUACUAUAUUUAAAAAUUUACUAUUUUUCUUAUAUCUAGGUGUUAGACAAUUGAAAUCUCUUACAAGAAGAACUCGGUUAGGGGUUUCAUUUAUCUAAUAUCUAAAUAUGAGGGGUAAAAUGAGAGUUUUUUUUUCUUCAAAAAAAGUGAUUUUAACUAAUUUCAAGGGGCUAAUCGUAAUUAUUUCUAAGAAUUAGCAUGUGUGUAUCAAUAAUUUGUGUGUACACAUGCAAUUGGUAAUACUUUGUGGGUGUUGUUAUUUUAAGUUUAAAACGAUUGAGUUUGGACAAAUUGAAGGUUCUUGAGAUGGGUCGGAUCGCUUGCCAAGAAAUGGGUGCAAGAAGAAUUAAGUUGAUCAUCCAAGCCUUCAAUAUUUGAAAUUGGGUUUCUACUGUUUUUUGUUGUACUUUUGUUUUGUAACCAUCAUUGAUGGAAUAAAUUUACAAAAUUUGUGUUGUAUCAUUAUAAAGAAAAUAAUUGGGUGUUUCUUUUUUGUA